GGCGGUGGAGGCAAAAAUAGUCCGUGCGCGAUAAUCUUACUUAUGCCGAGAGGGUUGGAGGAUGAUCUUGCAUACACUCAACAUUUGAUCAGAAAAUUACACAACUUCACAUCAUCCGAUCAUCAUCCAACAUGGCCCCAGGAUGGAAUGGAGCAAAAACAAAAGUGCAACUGAAGCUGACUGCACAAAGAUGUACACUAUUACAAGAAAAGAAGAACGCAAUAGCCAAAAAAGAGCGUAGAGAGAUUGCAUCAUUGAUUGAAAGAGGAAAAUUGGAAACAGCAAGGGUCAAAACAGAAGGAAUAAUAGGUGAAGAUAUAAUGGUAGAAUUACUCGAAAUAAUGGAAUUAUACUCGGAAAUGCUGAUCGCUAGAUUUGCAUUACUCGAACUCAAUCAACGUGAACCAGAUCCGGCAAUUAAAGAACCACUUUGUGCAAUCAUUCAUGCUGCACCUAGAAUAGAAUUACGAGAGAUGCACGCUUUACGGGAAAUGUUGAUGGCAAAAUAUGGUCGUGAAUUCGCAGUAGCAGCGAUGGAAAAUACAGACGGAUGCGUGAGCGAGCGGGUUACAAGUCGGCUAAGGGUAGAAACCCCAAGCAAAGAAUUGGUGGAUAUGUAUAUUGCAGAAAUCUGUAAGGCAUACGAUGUAGAAUUUCAUUCUCCUUAUCUGAAUACAGGUCCCGAGGAUCUUGACAAGGUACCCGAUCCUCUACCUCAUGCAGCCGCUGAUGGACCAUUGCCAAUUCAGCCUCUCUCAAACAAUGUCAGUGCUGCCACCAAGUCGGAUCUCGAAAUUGCCGCUGCUACUGGUACAGUUGCCAAGGAUUCAGACAAGUCGAAAAAACCAUCAACAACCGGCAACUCAACCCCUCAAUCUGUUUCCUCACAUACAAAGACUGAAGAAGAUGAUAAAAGAGUGGAUGAUUUGGAAGCUCGCUUUGCAGCUCUAAAGAGGAGAUGAGAGGGUACAUAUCAGAGA